GCUUGCUGCGGUAAAGCUAGGGAAACGACGGAGCAUAUUUUAUUAGAAUGUGAAGACGUCUAUCCAGCGGUAGAUUUAGGCACCACUGGCCUCCUUGAAGCCCUUGGGUUCAGCGGGAGCAGUGGUAAAGCAAACAGGUCCGCAAUAGACAUCAGUAAGAGGCGAUUGGAGGAUUGGUGGAAGAAAAGUAGGGAAACGACAAAAGACGGAGACGUACAAAAGCACAGUCCGCAAUAGACAUCAGUAAGAGGCGAUUGGAGGAUUGGUGGAAGAAAAGUAGGGAAACGACAAAAGACGGAGACGUACAAAAGCACAGUUCGCAAUAGGGUAUCAGAAAAUUUGGACGUGGUAGUUCAUAGUGGUUUUUUUUUUUUUUUUUCAUUGGUUAACCUAGGUAGGAUAUUAGGCAGCAUAGUAGCAAGAGCUUGGUGGCGCAAGCCACCGCCCCGUUCAAAAGGGGACGCUCAUAACAUCCAUCCAUCUAUCCAUAAAGAAGAGAAAAGGGAGAGGAACCGGAACCGAGCUACCGGACAACGCGGCAGGCAUAUAGUAAAGGAGGGAUUGGUCUAUGUCACGUCCAAGACAAGCCGAGCCGCUCACGUUCCGGCUUUCCCGUGAAGUUGGGGGCAGACGUUCUGUGGUGGCGUUAGAAUUAUGUAGGAUAUGUAAUAUUAGCUAUACGAUGUGGUACUUCUACGGUAAACACAGUACUAUGCCUACACGUUCACCGGUCUGCGGCAUAAGUCAAGAUGAGCGGGAGCACUUAUAAUGACGUGUCAAUGGUUUGAGUAGCUGGUCUGUGGACUGUAGGCUAGCAGACGAUAGAAUAUACGUCGUCGCCGCAGCGUCUCCUGCAUCGAGGUCCGCUCUGCCUCGGUCAAGCGAUACCGGUAUUACGACUACCACGAUGGAGCUGGACGUGCUAGUGGCUGUAUGUGGGUGCAUGGCACUUCUGUUCCUUCUUGUCAGGUACGGCAGAGGCAUCCUGGAUGGCACUGGCUCAUCAGUGACAUACAUUGCCCAGCGUAAGGAUUAUCAUCCCAUGGUCCAAGUGGAGAACCCCUUUGUAGUGGCCUGUGAGAGCAACGGACACCCAGGAGGUCUGGCGCUGCAGCUGUGGAGCGAGUGCCCAUGCCAGGUGUGGCUCUACUGGGGGCUAAGCUACGCGGCUUUGGCAAGCUGGCCGCGGCUGGGGUGGCCGAGGCUGCGGGAAGCGGCGCAGGCGGGCAGCCUCUGGGGGGCACCCGGAGACUGCAUGGGCCAGGAGCCCCCCGUUAGUCUUGACAGCUGCCAGCGACACCUGUGGCUUGGCGUGUGUCCCACUGUGCCACCACGCGAACCGCGCGUCUCACUUGGUGUCCUGUUUGUGCGGCUUUCCGAGGCAGAGCCCAUGGAAGUGGUGGCCCUCGUCGGGGCGGUGGAGCUGUCGGCGGCUGGCGUGCCUCGGCUGCUGGCCCAGCACGUGAAGCUGUCCAACGGCCAGAGCUGGCCUCUGCGCACCCUGUUCACGCCCGCGGGCGCCUGCUGCAUGGUGUGCCAGGUGGAACCCGCCAGCCUGGCGCUGCUGCCGUGCCGGCAUGCCGGCCUGUGCGGCGCCUGCUUCUCCCGCGUGCAGAACUGCCCCGUGUGCAGGGCGCGCAUCCUCUCCUGCUUUCACGUGGACCCUCGGGCACUGGGCGACACCGAGACGACCGGGGCAGACCUGUAGUAUACACGCACGCGGGACGUUUACGGUCGUGGCAAGGACCGCGCACACUUUUCGAGUUCAGUGCCGUGGAUUCUACAACACCCUGCCAGUUUUCUCCUCGUGGGAACUCUUGUUACCAGCAAGCUCAUGGACGCCUACGUGGAACAGGGGCAUGUGUGUCGUGAUCAGUAUAGCGCUGGCUUCCUGGUAAUUGAUCUUGUCUUUUCGUCUUCAUCUCGCGUAAACAAUCUGCCGCUAUAAGAGUAUCGGGGAGAAAUUCGGCCUGCUCGUGGUAUAUAUGAAGGAUUGUGGCACAGAAUGCGUGUCCAACCUUCGCAACUGCAAAAAGGUAUGUGGCCCUGUCAGCGAUUCAACAAGGGAGCUGUUCGUAAUCUACAAUGGGGAUUCCCGAACUUUCUGGGCUCCAGGAGGCUCCGAAAGCCUCCCGACAGUUCCGGGGAACACUCGUGUUCAUUCCUUUCUGCCCAUCAAUUCUACUUGUGUAGGGAUUCUUGGUAACUUCGUGUUCACGAUCAAUCGAACGCAUACAUGUAUUGUUUAUUUCUCGGCAGCGUUAACCUUGUACCGAAACGCCUUCCAGGGAGGGCAAAGAAAGAAGAGCGACAACAUUCACCCAGAAUCGGCGCAUCAAGGGGACAAAAAAGAUUGCUGCAAAUGCGGAUCGAUAAAAUGUAUGAUAGGUGAGGACAAGAACAUACACCGGCUACAUUGUGAAACAACCGUGUUGAAGUCACAUUUCCUAGGUAUAAAUCACACGGAAGGGCAACGUUCACAUGGGGAUGGAUCUGAACAAAAUUUCUGUACUGAACAUUCUUCUGGGCACUUAGGCCGCGCAUGCUAGCUCCGCCACUGAACGUUGUGCAGUUAUUCCACAAACUAUAAGUUUAAGGAUCGGCGUGUACUCUCCCAAUUUGUAGCCCUCAAACGGAUCGUUUCUACUGACCACUCCGUGCACUGUCGCUUGUGACAUUUACGAAGCUUGUGCCUGCCGCUUGAGCAGCGGCAGCGGUUACCGGCAGCCUGUGGCUAGAUACAGGAAGACCACGGCACGGACCAGACUGCCAUUAUCCUGAGCGACUGUGUCAAACUUUCCGGAGGUAUAAAUAUUUCGGCAGCAU